AUGGGCUUGGAGAAGGUUGUCGCCGCCAACGCCGCCCGUGCCACCUCCCAGAUCGUGCAGGCAUCAGAGCGCCAGACGUGUCACACCCCGAUUGUUAACGGGUGCUGGCAGGGCGCCAAUGGCAAGGCCAAUGCGGCGACCAUCGCACACACCGGUGAAGCUCUUGCUGCAGCCCUGAGCCUCCCGGAGGCGGACCUGGCCAAGUACAAGAACAGCUCCGUGUACGCGCCGUCGUUCUACCUGACUCAGCGGGAAAUACUCAAGGCUAUCCAGCGCGCAACGGGCACAACCGGCGUGGACUGGGACAUUCAGGUGCGAGAUGUGAACGAAGUCGCUAAGGAGUACGAGGAGAAGAUCAGCCAAGGCGACGGCGUGGCACCUUCUGUCAAGUUCUUUGUCACUCACUUCCUGGAAGGCCGUGGCGGCGACUUCAACCACAAGGUCGAUGCGGCGGAGUUGAAGAAACUGGAGCAGCUUGGCCUGACCAAGGAGGACCUCGACCACGUUACCAAGGCGGCGCUACAAUAGCUUUAGGGGACUCGACCACACAGUCAAUCACUAGCGUAGCCUCGCUAGCUUUUCCUUACCCUCAAUAAACAUCCAGACCGGAUCCCUUGUGUGCAAG